CGCGCUAUUUUUAGCGUCGUCGAUCCAUUCCAGUCACUUGACUAUGGACGUUGCAGCUGUAGCUCCGCCACCGGCGCCAGUGGCUGUGCGGACCGACGCUGCUGCGCCAGUACGCUCGCCGCAGAAACAGCAGAAGAAGCACAGGCACAAGCACAAGAAGGACGGCAAUGCCCCGCAGACGCCGCGCGGUAAUAAGAGUAAGCGACGUCGCAAUAACCUUAAGCAACCGUUGACCAAGGACAUGCCGCGCGUGCUGUCCGAGCUUUUGAAAGAGCCGAAGGUGGCGCUUUUGCAUCGCGUGGUGAAGAAUGUUGGACCGAAGGUGUCGUGGCAGCUUCUGCGUGAAACAUUGCGACUCGAGAAGGACGGCGGCCAGACGGUGAACGCGUUGGGUAGCGGCAAACCCGAGCUGUUCUUUGUGGUGGACGAGGUUUCGCGUGAGUAUAAGCCGCGGCGUCGUACGUCCGGAGGAGUCUUCUUCACACUAUUGAAGGAUAAGGUGCCCAAGGAGGUAUACCGUACCAUUUACGAGGUAGAGGAUAGGAAGAAGAAGGACGCCAAGAAGCGAGCGCGCACCCGCCAGCGACAGAAGAUGGAGAACACACUAGCCAAGUUGGGCUUCGAUGAGUUGUCACUUGCACCGGGGAGUGAGGAUCCUGCAGCUAUGAGCAGCAACGAGGUCGGCGUGCCUGUUGCACCCGUUUCGGCGGUGACUGGAGCGACGGCUGUCGAAGACGGCGAGGUGGCGGCCGAGGACAUGCAGAUCAGCUGAGUUGCCACGUGCGGAUUUAUUUGAGGGGCUUGCUGCGUCAACCUUUUAUCGCCACAUUUUACCGACACCAAUAAUACAUGGGUCUACUUUCUGGUGCGCUUCUAAUUCGGAUGUCCAAUUUCCUUUAAGC